AGAGGCGCGCGGGGACCCGCCAGGAGCUCGCGACGGCUGAGCUGAGAGCGGAUCUUCAGCCGGGAGCGAAAAUACUGAAGGUGGGAUGAGAGUGAGCAGCGUCGUUUCAUUGUCACCGGGAAGACAACAACAACAACAACAAGGACAACAAAACCACGUUCACAAGGGAACCGCAGCCUAAUUUGGAUACACCAGGAAUUAUCCUUUUUAUUUAUUAUUAUUAUUUUUUAGUCUCUUUUAUUAAAAUUUUUCUAUCCUUUCCAUCUUCACAUGAUUUUGACUGGACCUGACUGGUUCUUGGCGACAGCAGGGGACAUUAUUCUGAAGGUGUUUACAGGAUAUCCAUUUUUAAUGAACACAGGCUGAAGAUCUGAAGGAGCUUUGUUUUGGAUCAGAACACGUUGGGCAUCAUGAGUUCCAGUGCUUAUCAACAAGGUUCCGCGCGCACUGAGAGGAGCUCUGAGCCAAUCCGAUGCCAGCGAUGUCGGGAAGCAUGCAAGGGCGAAGUGGUUAGAGUUCAAGAGACUCACUUUCACGUCAAGUGCUUCACCUGCACCGUGUGUAACUGUGAUCUGGCACGAUCUGGCUUCUUCCAGAAGAAGGGCGAGUAUAUUUGUACGGCUGACUACCAGCGGUUGUACGGCACUCGCUGCGACCGCUGUAACAGCUUUAUCACAGGAGAGGUGGUCUCCGCCCUGGGCCGCACGUACCACCCCAAGUGCUUUGUCUGCAGUGUCUGCAGUAAACCCUUCCCAAUCGGAGACAGGGUGACGUUCAGUGGAAAGGACUGUGUGUGCCAGCAGUGCUCCCAUAAACUUGUCAAGUCAAAUGAACCCAUCAAAAUCCACGGGCCCAGCCACUGUGCAGGAUGUGGAGCAGAGAUCAAGCAGGGUCAGUCUCUUCUGGCGUUAGAGAAGCAGUGGCACGUCAGCUGCUUCAGAUGUCAGACCUGCAACAUGGUCCUCACGGGGGAGUACAUCAGCAAGGAUGGAGUGCCAUACUGUGAAGCAGAUUAUCACGCCCAGUUCGGGGUGAAAUGUGAGACCUGCAACAGAUACAUCAGUGGACGGGUUUUGGAGGCAGGAGGGAAACACUACCAUCCACCCUGCGCUCGAUGCGCUCGGUGUAACACGAUGUUCAAAGAGGGCGAAGAAAUGUACCUGACAGGAUGUGAGGUGUGGCACCCUUUAUGCAAGCAGGCGGCAAGAGCAGAAAGGAGACUCAGACACAGACGCCUGUCAGAGACUUCCAUCUCCCCUCCCGGGUCUUCUAUAGGCUCUCCCAGUCGAGUUAUAUGUGCCAGAAUGGAGAGUGAGAUCCUAGACUAUAAGGAUCUAGCUGCCCUGCCAAAGGUCAAGGCCAUAUAUGAGGUCCAACAGCCAGACCUCAUGUCCUCCUCAUACCAGCCGUACCACAGAUACACCUCUGAUGACAGACUAGACACUUACAGCUAUGAAGAGUCGCUUGGAACUCUUUCUCCAUAUUCUCAGGAGUUUGACAUACUGGAUGCCAAACAGCGCCGGAGCUCCAGUCCAGGUUACAUAGACUCCCCUAUGUUCAGUCAUCAAGGCAUGUCACCCAUCAUGCCUCAGUCUCCACAGCACUUUGGCUACCCUGGCUCUGAGAGUGGCAGGAGUUCACCUUAUUAUGGCCAAGAGGGGCGAUCAAGCACACCCACCUCAAACCAGCCCCCUAAACAUUUUCAUGUCCCAGCCACUGGGGACCACAACCUCUACAGGAAGCCACCCAUCUAUAAGAGAACGGCCACAAAAAGCAGAACCAGUGAAGACAUCCUCAGGUCCUCCAGUCUGUCCACUUACUCCCCAGAGCCAUACACGCAGUCAGAGUCUGACUACUACCCAUACACCAGCUCCCCCAGGGCCUAUCGCAUGCCAAGAAGACGCUUCUCAACGGGAGGAGAUGAAGAGAGUUGGAGUCAGAGUCUUCAAAGAGUUGGGAGUGGCAUCGGGAGGAUGAUCCUAAAGGAGGAGAUGAAAGCCAGAUCUGGUUCCUAUGACAACGACCCCUGGGGCAGUGCAAGAAAUUCUCGUAGUGGGAGUAAAGAAACGUUGAACACAACAGCCUACGGGACAACGGUGUACAACAGCAUCAUCAACGGCUCUCCUCGAUCUCAGUACAGCAUUGAUAGCGAUUUUGCUUGUAAGUCAGCCUCUCUAUCAGGGUAUGGACGCAAUGGUAUCCAACGGCCUCAGAGCGCAGAUUGUUAUCAGUACCAGUAUGAUGAUGGAAGUGAGGUCAACUGGGGAAGCAGAGCAGAACACAAGAUUUAUCCCUACGAGUCGCUCAUUGUCACCACCAGAGGGCGCAAUAAGCUACCCAAGGAUGUGGACAGAGCCAGACUAGAACGCCAUCUUUCCCCAGAAGAGUUCACCCAAGUGUUCGGGAUGAGCGUGGAAGAUUUCGACCGGCUGGCGUUGUGGAAGAGGAAUGAGCUGAAGAAACAAGCUCGACUGUUCUAGUCUUGUUUGGACACGUGUUAAAAAACUGCCAGCAACAGAACCUGAGACCUCGCUGCUCAGUUACACUGCCAUGUCAGAGAACCUGUUCCAGAUGUCCUCAAACGUCAAAACCAAAUUCUGCCCAUACCUGAGGACUUUUGGGACACCAGUGGAAGGACUGGUGAACCGAUUGCCGCUGCAGCUGUUUGCUCGAUUGGAGUGUAAGCAAUAGAGACUGUCACACUGUAGUGCUGUGCUUUUCACAGCCCAAACGAUGGAAGAGGUUGUGACUGUGCGCCCAUGUGGACACGAGACAAGCGCCUGUGACCAGAGCUGCAGUACUAAAACACGAUGAGGAGGAUUUCGGCUUUGCCUUACUUGUUAAGCUCUCAUAGUUACGACUGUGCAGCACCAGCAGUCUGAAUGAGUAGAACGUAGUCUUUCAUUUAUGACGCUUGAUCAGUGUGAAUGAUUCAAGAAGAAGAACGAGUGUGAGCAUUGACAGCAUCUCUUCCGUUUGGCUCGGGAUCAAAUUGGACUUUUUUUUUUUCCACGUCUGCUCUUUUACAUGAAAUACACCUGCAAAUACAGACAGACAAAAUUCUUUUUUGUGACCUUGAUUGAUUUUGCGUGAAAAUAAAAGCCAAUGUGUGACCCAACAUGUACACUUUAGACGAGCACGUCCAUGUAACAGAUGUAGCUCCCUGUGCAGCUGUUCGCUAAAUGGAGAAUGUGCAAUUCAAUAGUUAUUUACAACCCCUGUUUCCAGAGAAGUUGGUAUUAGGUAGAUAGUCAGUGUCUUCUUUAAAUAUAGAUAUUUGAAGUUGAUGUAGCAUCACCUGCGACGACGGGCAGAAACGUUUGUAGAAUAUACAGUUCGUAUUAUUCGGGAAGAGUGCCGCCAAGAUAAAAGAAGCAUCCACCAAGAAACUUGUUGUUGCUCACUGCUUCGUCAAACUCCAUGAGAACAUCAUCAUGUAGUCAUGAAAACAUCUGCAGUUCACAAUAUGUUGAAAAGUUUCAGGGAAAAAGAGGAAAUGUUGUGUUCGAAGCUAGAAACCACCAUGUGGGCAUUACGUAACUGGAAACUGUCGACUUUGCACUUUUUUUUUUCUGAGUUCUCGAGGCAAAAGCUCAUCUCAGAUGGACAGAGUGUGAUUUGUGGUCGUAUAAGUCCAGAUUUUGACUUGUCAUUUAAAAUAAAGGACAUUAAAUUCUACAGGAUAACGGUUAGAACUGACCAUACAGGUUUUUAAUCGACACAAGUUACGCCAACAUUUUGAUGGUAUCAGUAAUCAUGGCAUGGGUGCCUUGUGUGAAGAUACCAGUGAUGCAAAGGUGGAUGCUGAAAUUUUGGAAAAGAUAUACUGUUCCAAAAACAACAGUUGUGGAUGGAGGAGAAGCUAAACCUUAAAAUCUGUGUCCUUCAUGUUGUCUUUUAAAAUUGGACACAGAUUUCCAAUUCAAAUUUGCAGCAAAGUUGAUUGUUCUGAUUUGAGAAAACGUUGGACUCCUCUAGAUAUUAAGAGAAAGAUUCAUGAACACUCAGCUCGUUGCAGUAAAAU